GAGUGGCCCGUGAGCUUCGUUGUGUGGGAAAAAGGAAGGAAAAAAACAACCUUUCUACGUAUUAUCAUUCCAGAUCCACCACCGGUGUCCGGCGAUCUCCCGAGCACGUCCCCGAUCUUCGGCGAGGUCAAGAUUUUUCGAUCAGAGCAUUUACCGAAAGGACAGGAAGAAGGGGGUAUUUUUGGAGUUUUUAUCUGACGCGAUGAGUAACGUAUUUGAAGGCUACGAGCGCCAAUACUGUGAGCUCUCCGCCAAUUUGUCCAAAAAAUGCACCUCUGCCAGUCUUCUUGACGGAGAGCAAAAGAAGCAAAAGAUUUCUGAAAUAAAAGCUGGAGUAGAUGAAGCAGAAUCCUUGAUCCGAAAAAUGGACCUCGAGGCAAGAAGUUUGCAGCCAAAUGUGAAGGCUGUACUUCUUGCUAAGUUAAGGGAAUAUAAGUCUGAUUUAAACAACUUGAAAGCUGAAGUAAAACGGGUUACAUCAAGUAACCUAAACCAGUCUGCUCGGGAUGAAUUGUUGGAAUCUGGAAUGGCAGAUGCGCUAACGGUAUCUUCUGAUCAGAGGGCUAGAUUGUUACUAUCUACGGAGAGAGUAAACAAGACCAGUGACAGAGUUAGAGAGAGUAGAAGGACCAUGCUGGAGACAGAGGAGCUUGGUGUUUCAAUUCUUCAGGAUUUGCAUCAGCAGCGCCAGUCUCUCUUACACGCUAAUAACACGCUCCAUGGAGUUGAUGACAACAUUGGCAGGAGCAAGAAAAUUUUAACUAACAUAUCAAGAAGGAUGAACAGGAACAAGUGGAUUAUUGGCUCCAUAGUUGCAGUCCUUGUUCUUGCUGUCAUCUUGAUCUUGUACUUCAAACUUUCCAAAUAGACCAGAUUUUUCUUUUUCAUUUUUGGGCUGGCUGGCUGGCUCUGGAGAAACAGAAGUUUUUUCUUUCUUGGCUCUUUGUUGUGUGUUUGAUUCUGCAAGUUUGCUAGUGAGUUUUGAGAGUCCUAUAAUCAAAUGAAAAGCUGCUCUUGCCUUGUAUGUUCUCCUCGGACUUGUUCAUAGCUUUGUCUACCAGCACGCGAGGGACGCUGUUCUGGCUGAAAUCUUAAAACGCUUGCUUGUUUGUGUU